AUGGUCAUUUAUUUAAUCGCUGGCAUACCAAAUUCCGUUGAUUUUGGUCACGCUAAACUGGUUGCUGAAAAGUUAAAAAACACAUUACCAUUUUUUUCAUACAAAGUAGUUGUGAAACUUAAAGAAGAAUAUCAGGAUUGGUUGAAUAACUUUUGUUUGAAACAAAAAUGGGUAAUAAGUUAUGAAAAUCCUUUCAUUUGGAGACGUUUUGGUAAUAUCACAGGGCCAUGUACUCCAAUUGGUGGAAUCAGUAAUUUUUUUGAGAUUCUUAAUGAGUAUUAUAAUGUGGACACGCGAAUAAAAAGUCAUUUAAAAAAACAAAUUGCCUUGGAUAAUGUCGAGAGAAUUACUUUUAAAUCGGCACAACAAAAUCAAGAAAAACUGUAUCAACCGACCAGAGUAUGUAUAACUGGUGCAACGUAUCCAUCAACUAGUUUUUUAACUUCUGAACUUUUGCAACUUAAAUCGAUACAAACAAAAGGUGGAAUCGUAGUACAUUUACAUAAUAAGGAUAUAAAAAAGUAUAGUGAUUUGAUGAAAAUAAAAAUGGAACUAAGGAAUAUUGAAGGUAAUAUACGAGGUCACAAUGGAAUCAUAGUCGUUAAUAGUAUUGAAGAAGGAUUAAUAAACUGUGAUUUACUGAUCGUAAUGGGCAGCAUCAAGAGAAAAGAAAAAGAAAGCUUUAAAUCCUGGACUAAGCGAAAUUAUGAUGAUAUGAUGUUUUUAUCUUGUAUAUUAAAUUUACAUUGUCCAAAAAUGUGCAAAAUUUUACUAAUGGGAAUGGAUUUAUUAUGUUUCAAUCUAAACGUAUUAGCUGAACAUUCUGAAAAAGUAUACUUGUAUAAUUUUGUAGGAGUAACAGCUCACUUUGGAAUGGAGACACUGUCAAGUAUUUCACGGGCGACUAAUAUACCAAUUUCAGAGUUGCAUUGUCCUCCUGUUUGGGGUUUUAUUGGGUACAGUAAGUAUAUUGAUUAUAACCAUAUAAUGUAUCACACAGAUGUACAAAGCAAUUUAAACCCGAAAAACAAACCACAAUCGAAAUUUGAAUAUUAUAAAACACAUAAAUUUUUGGGAAGUAUCAUGAAUUCUAUACAAUUUACUUAUGACUCAAAUGAAUGUUCAUUGAAAAUAUUACCUGAAAUUCGUGCAACAGUCACUAUUAUAUCAGAAUGGUUUGGAAAUAAGAGUAAUAAAUCUCUAUGCGCAGCAAUUUUUUCUGAUGGUACGUUCAACUUGCCAUUUGGAAUAUUUAUGUCACAACCAGUUGUUUUAGAGGAUGGAGAAUGGAAACCAUAUAACGAGUUUCCAGCACCAACAAAUGAAGUUUUUAUAUCUGAUAAAGUAAUGGAUUUGUUAAAUGAUUAUAAUCUUGGUAAAAGAUUUACUGUCAAUUGGAGAGAAUCUACAGAAAAAUUACUUGAAUAA